AGGGUGGUACGAGCGAAAACCUCGUAAUCGCCGUCUCAUCGGGCCCGUGUUCUUUUAACCUCGCAAUAACGACCACGAAAACAAUAAUAGUAUAAGAUAGUACACGCGCAACACCAUUAUCAUCGUCAUUAUCGUUCUCGUAAUAUCGUGAUUAUCACCAUGUCGGAGCUCGACAGGUGGAUAGAAAUCGCCAAGGAGUGCAAGUACCUGCCGGAACAUGAUCUUAAGAAGUUGUGCGACAUGGUGUCCGACAUACUCCUGGAGGAGUCAAACGUCCAGCCCGUCUGUUCGCCCGUCACCGUAUGCGGCGAUAUCCACGGCCAGUUCUAUGAUUUAGAAGAGCUUUUUCGUAAUGGAGGACCUGUGCCUGAAACAAAUUACAUAUUUAUGGGAGAUUUUGUAGACAGAGGUUAUUAUAGUUUAGAAACACUGACCCGUCUAUUAACUUUAAAAGCCAAAUGGUCUGAUAGAAUAGUACUACUUCGUGGAAACCAUGAGUCGAGGCAAAUCACACAUGUAUAUGGAUUUUAUGAUGAGUGUCUAAAUAAAUAUGGAAAUGCAAAUGCAUGGAAAUAUUGUUGUAAGGUUUUUGAUCUACUUACAAUUGCUGCCUUAAUUGAUGAACAAGUCCUAUGUGUGCAUGGAGGUUUAUCACCACUAAUUAAGACUUUAGAUCAAAUUAGAAUAAUUGAUAGGAGACAAGAAAUUCCACAUAAAGGUGCAUUCUGUGAUUUGGUCUGGUCAGACCCAGAAGAUGUAAGAACGUGGACAGUUAGCCCUAGAGGAGCUGGUUGGCUGUUUGGGGCAAGCAUAACACACUUAUUCAUGGAGAUAAAUGAUCUUAAACUUAUUUGCAGAGCCCACCAGCUAGUAAACGAAGGCUACAGGUACAUGUUCGAUGACAAGCUGGUGACGGUGUGGUCGGCGCCGAACUAUUGCUACCGAUGCGGUAACGUGGCGAGCAUACUACGCAUCCAAAAUGCCGACGAGCAGACCCCGGUAAUAUUUGAAGCGGUGCCAAAUACCGAGCGGGUGAUUCCACCCACGUUGACCACUCCCUACUUCUUGUGAUUUAACUCCUCCCCGUUACUGCUGUUGCUGCUGCUAUGCACUCAUGCUGCUCACCAACUGGACGAUUUAACGGGCUGGAUAACUGUGCGAGGCUGUUUGCCGAUAACGAUGAGCCUACCCCUGAUUAUUAUUACUACCGUAACUCGUCUUCUUAUACUUCACCCUUACAUCCCCCUUGUUCUUUCUUUCCUCCUCAUCUCGUCUCUUUCUUUCGCUUUUAUUUUCACUCGAGUGUCUUUAUCUCGGCGCAAGAAGAGGGCGAAGGUACAUACGUACGUGGCUUUCUCGCUGCACAUCAACACGUACACCCACCUUUUGUAGAUAUUUUCGAAAGGAGAGAGAGAGAAAUAGA